CGACACUGCGCAUGCGUGUUUUGCACAUGGAGUAAAUUGCCGAUAGUAUUUUACCGAAACAUAAGACGUUCCGAUUUUGUUUUCUAAUAAGAGAUCAAAACAUUUUAUUUUGCAUUGAACAUUCAGACUGAGUAUUUUAUUGGCUGGGGUGUUGUGUAGUUAAUAUCUUACUAUCUCUGCAGGUCUUUUGUGCGCAUUGAUCUACGGUUCAUUUGAAUUUCUGUUUUAACCAGCUAUAUUUCACUAGUAAGAAAGUUCAGAGGAGUAAUGGAGGCUCCUCCGGUCACCGUGAUGCCCGUCACGGGUGGAGCCAUUAAUAUGAUGGAGUAUCUCCUGCAAGGCAGUGUACUGGAUCAGGCUCUGGAGAGCCUCCUACAUCGACUCAGAGGUCUGUGUGAUAACAUGGAGCCUGAGAGCUUUGCUGAUCAUGAGCUGGUGUUUCUGCUGAAGGGUCAGCAGGGCAACCCGUUCAUGCUGCGUGCCCGCCGCUCGCUUCUUCACCCCACUGCCCCUUGGCAUCUGCGCUAUCUAGGUCAGCCUGAGGUGGGCGACAAAAGCCGGCAUGCCCUGGUGCGAAACUGUGUGGAUGUGGCUGCAUCACACAGCUUACCGGAGUUUCUCAACGAGAUGGGUUUCCGCAUGGACCAUGAGUUCGUGGCCAAGGGUCAGGUGUUCCGGAAGGGUGCGAUGAAGGUGGUAGUGAGCAAACUGUUACGUGUCCUUGCGUCAGGAAACACGGAGAACACAGAGCCGCUGUCUCUGUCGUAUCUUGUGGAGCUGAGCGUACUGGCUCCUGCGGGACAGGACACUGUGUCUGAGGACAUGAGAAGCUUCGCAGAACAGCUGAAACCUCUGCUGCACCUGGAGAAAAUUGACCCUAAAAGACUCAUGUAGUGUGACUUGGCUUUUGCUUGUAUUAUGAUGAUAAUGGGUAUGUUAUGCUAUUGAUUGAUAAACAUUCAAAAACAUUUAUUUUUAGUAACGAAAUCAAAUUCCGUAAUAAGGAAAAAAGUGACAAAUAAACCUCUCAUUUGAUAUUUUUCAGGGGAGAAAUGUAGUGUAUUAAAAACUAAGUAAAUAGUAUGGUUUGAUAAAAACACUACAUUGUUGUAGUUUUUUGUAAAAACAGUUUUGUUUGGUUCAAAUCAAUGGCAUGUAUUAAAACAGUAGAGCUACAGCGCCCCCUGAAUGAUGUCAGAUAACUUGCGCUGGUGUUCAGAAAAGUUGUGUUAAGUCUGUUAAUAAAUUUCACAUUCUUGACAUGAAGCUGCUUCAGUGAGUUCUUAAACUGACUUUUUCUCAUCCCAGGAAGAAAAUUUGGCUGCUCAGCCACAACAGAACAUAUACAUUGUUGUAUAUUGUAUUUGAUUUUCAUUUUACAUUAGAUUUUAUGUAGCUGACGUCAGUUAAUAAAUAAUCUUUAAUUUAUUUUGUAUGAUGCAUGAUAAGGUUCUUCACCUUAUUAUUUGCAGAGAAACAAAAGUACCAUUCCAUAAGAUGCAUUCCACGGCAAAACCCAACUUAAUCAAUUGAGUUUUAUUUAUCUAAUACAUUUUAUUUCUUUGUCUUUCAAUGUAUUCAUUUAGUUGUUUAAUGUUUUGUUAACAACAUUUCUUUUAUUACACUUGUGUGUUCCUUGUGUUGAUAAUACAGUAAGAGUCUCUACAAGUCAAUGAUAUUGCUUCAUAAGUAAAGCGUGAUUUAAAGUCAGAACAUCAUUGGUUACGUGAAUACCAAUUGAUACAAUGCCCUGAGCAGGAUAAUAUCAUAAGAGUGAGAUCACGGUUAUUGGUGCACAUUUCUUGGUUUCUGUGGGUGUAUUGUGUAAUGUUAAUGUGUUGGGUGGAGACAAUAAAAUACUUGUAUGUGGAUGUUUUAAGGA